CACCCACGAGGAGAGAGUAAUCCGGAGUCUCCCCAGCGCCUGAGACACGAGGCACGCCGCGCGACGCCCGCCCAGUGUUGCCUCACCUGCCGCCUCCACACACCUGUCUGUACCUGUGUCCUCACCUUCGUUCUCCCUCCUGCUUCAGCCCUUCAGCAUGAUGAAAAUGUCAGCGGCGGUGGUGCUGGUGGUGUCCCUGGCGGCGGUGGUAGCAGCAGGCCCCAUGAAACUCUACGAGAAGUCCCCUGACGCGACCUACAAGCAGGUGCUGGUCCCCGUGUCGUCCACCGUCAUUCCCCUGGAGGAGCUGCCCGUGUUCAAGGUGGGCGCGGGCGUGGGCGUGGUGUCCCCUAUUCUGGUGGACGAGAAGCUCAGACCUGACGGCCCCGUGAAGCUGGUGACGAUCCACAGCCUUCGUCGGGACAAGAAGAAGAACAAGAAAGUCGAGCCCGAGAAGGAAGGACGAGCCGCCGACAUCGAGGAACUGACGGAGGAGGAGUUCCGCGCCCUCACCCAGCAGCAGGAGGGUCAGGAAGAGUAGACCCUCCUCCUCCUCCUCCUGAAGACUUAGGGAAGGAAGAACAAUGACGUCUCUAAUGGACACGAAGUCGAAGGUUCAUCAAAGUUCUUACUACGUAAAAAUGAAGUGACCGUGGAGUGUAGUGUGGUGUGUGUGUGUGUGUGUGUGUGUGUGUGUGUGUGUGUGUGUGUGUCAUGACGGGUUUUUCACGUGCCACCCUCAUUCUCACUCCCUCGUAUUAUCGUUUUUUUUUUAAUGAAUUCAUCUCGUUUCUUAUUUUUGAGAACGUAUAAAAAAAACAUCCAGCAAAUAAGAAUAAAUCAAAAGUGACUUAAAAAUAUAUUAAAAUCGUUGAAAAAAUAUAUAUUCGAUAUUGUUACAUCUUUUACUAUGAUUUUGGUACUUUAAUAUCAGAAUGUCCACGACCUCAAAAUUCAUUACCAUUUUUUUUUCUUGUUUUUCUUUUUUUGUCUAAUAUCAGUGAAAAUAAACUUUAAACCGUUUCACGUCAGAGUCCCCCAGAGUCAAAACGAGUGACAGGAAGCACGAGACUCUUGACGCUGCCUUUUCUUGGUCAACACAGUCAGCGGCGAGCAGCCACAAGUUGUGAUUUAUCUAGUCAGUCUUCAGUCAGCCAAAGCAGAGGAAAAAUAGAUUAUAUUUUCCUUUGGCUAAUGAUUUAUUUUUGUCUCUUUAUCUUCGGUCAGACCUUGAAAUAUCCCCUAUGAGUCAGGGUUUGUAUCUUUUCAUUUAUAUAUUUUUUUAACUUUAAAACAUCUUUUUUAUAUAUAUCUUAUAAUGUCAACCUUUUCUUUGUGAGGGUAGCGUGGACUAUUUUAUUUUUCCUUUUACUCUGAUGAAUUAUCUAAAAAAUAUUAGAUGACUCAAAUAAAAAGAAAAGCACGUUUUUUUUGUAUUUCUUGAUCUAAGUAUUUUAUUUUAUUUCAAAGCGUUGAAAACAGUAUACACUUCAGCACCUUCAUUAUUCUGAGUCUUGCACUGCCUUGGCACCAUUCCCUCGAGGGGGCGUGGAUGAAGGUGGCACACUGGGAGGGACGCCCUGCGCGGAGGACGCCGCCUCGCUGCCCCCCCACACCGCCGCGGGAGGGCAGGAGCAGCGACGCGCCCCCUGCAGGGCCGCGCGGGCCGCUGCUGGGGCGCCGACGGAGCUUUAAACUAACAAACGAUACAGGUUUCGGGAAAGUGUACUGAAGAGUCUUAAAUAUAUUUUUCACCAUAACAAGGGUAAUACAUAUAUGUCAUACGUAUAGUCAUGAGGAAAUUAAUCAUGUUAAGUUCAGUGAUUGUUCCUCUUAUAUACUCCCUUUUAAAUGAGGACGAUCUAAGCAGAUUUUUCUCUCCUGCUCUCAUUGAUAGCGUAGCAUCAAAACAUAUGAGAGUGAAUAGUUUUGUUAAGAAAAAUAUGCAACAAUUUAGUUUAAAAUACACUCUGUAAGCAAAGGGUUGUUAGCCAAGGCAGGAGUGAAAUGGUUUACAUUGGUUUACUUUUUGCGUCGAUCUCAUCGUUGAUUGGUACUUACAGGACAGCUUAUUUCUCCAUUACAAAUGUGACUUUAUAGCAAUUAUAAUUAAUGACGAAAACUAAAUUAUAAUAAAGCAGGUGAUUACAUCAAUUAUGAAUUGCAACUACUGCCCAGGUAACCUGUUAGUCCACCUGCUCGUGUUAUACAAGUGUGGCCAAGGUAUAGGAGCUGUAAUACAAUUUUAAUGCAUAUUUGCUUAAAUAUAGAGAUACUAAUUAUAUUGGAAAAUAUGUGUAAAUAAAAAAUAUAUUUAAUGAGAAUUCUAUUUUAUUAUAAUAAGUAAAUCGCGCAUAACGAUAACAGACAUCAAACUAGAACAUUACAUAAGAAUGAUUGGAUGAGAGGUAGAAAAAAUAAGUGGUAAUUUUCAUCAGGUUGCUCGCCAACUAAAAAUCUAACUCGUGGACUUCUUUUUUUUUUUUUUGUGUGUGUGUUAGUAAAGUGCCAUCAACCGGCACUUUACGUCUUACUAGCACGUGUAAUGCCUAGUACCUGGUAAGUGGUGCUUCGGAGCUUCGGUGUCGGAGUGCAACCCUCGUCACGGAGAAGGAAGAGUGGAUCGACGUGGGGCUGUCUGCGUGGCUCUGUGUCCGUCAGUCUGUGGCCUGCAGGCGAAGUAGAGGAACAGCCCCCAACGUCUGCUCGUGUUUCCCCUAUGGGAGGAAUUCCUCAGCAGGGGCAGCCUGCUGGAGGGAAGGGGGUGGGGGGGUGUGGGCAGCACAGCAUCACCUGCCUCGGCGGGAGUUGCCGAUGGGCUCCCAAUGCAGACCAAGCUAUCUGCUCUGUGCAGCCUGAAGUAAAGUCGUCAGAUCACUUGCCGCUGAUGACAACCAUAUGGGCCGGAGGGCAGACAACCCUAAAAAUAUCCCUACCUAUGGGUUCCUAAGGUGACUGGCGGCAGUGUUCUUCAAUUUGCGUAACUAACAAUGAUUACACUUAGAUUGUUACACUGCAAACCUGAAUCGUGUGUGUGUGCGAUAAAAAUAUAUAAUCCUCAGCCUCACAGUGUUUCCUUAUUGUUUUGAGCUCUGGUCAUCGGAGUCGACCUGUGUAUAAUCUUUAGCCGUUCAAUGUUAUGCAUUCUCUGAAACUUCCCUCUCUCGACCAAGCUUCCCGUUCACUGCAGAGGCGGAAAUGUUUGGCAUUCCAGAAUAUAUCUGUGUGCCACGGAAGGAGCUCCUUGUAUAUAGAAAACGUGUCUUAAUAGGUAACCAUUGUAUAUCUUGUGCUCUAGUUUUGCCUUUUUAUUUAUCUAUUUUUCAUCUGAAGACCAGUGUCAGUGACGCUACGCACUACCUAAGAGAGAUGGAUGUUGUUAUUGAUGUUUUUUAAUGUCUUGUCUUGACUGUUUUUAUAUAUGUCAUUCAGUGGGAAAUAAUACAACUGGAAAUUAAAAUG